AAAAAAUAAAAAAAUAUUAAUGGAAAUAUUUCAGCAUGUUUUUUAACUACUGCGAGUGUUUUCUGACUUUAUAACCCGCCCCGAUGGAAAUGCCUAGAAUUUAGCGAGUCCCUUUUCCUUUUACGAUUGGUGUCGCUCUGAACUACGCCUACGAAAAUAUCCGGAUUUUGAUUGGCGCUGUUCUCAGUCUGUGCUGUGAUUGGAUAAAAAUAGCUAAAUAAAGAAUUUGCCCCGCCUAUAAAGUAUCCCGAUUGGCUGAUAUGUAACAGAUAGCUGAAAACUUCCUUAUAUGGAUUUUGAUUUAGCUUGUGCGAUUGGUGGAGGAGGCUGUCAAUCAAAAAUACGGACCAGGUUCGGGGAUGUAGCCUUUGUUUGGAUUAGUAUUUUUUAUUUUACUGCAAAAUAAAGAAGAAAUGUUCACUGGUAUAGAUACAGUUUCGACAAGAAUAGCAGAAGAUCUUUUAAAUUUUUAUUGUUAUUUUUUCUUGUUUUAUGCAACCGCUGUAUAUUUAAUAAACUGAUGCUAUAUUUGCUAUUUCGCUAUAUGCUAUAACGGUUUGUGAUGCUAGUAGAUCAAAUGGAAAGGAAAAACUGGAUAUAAAUAGUAAAACUCCCAAACAGAUUUGCAUUUUGUUGGAUCGGACUUUUUUGGCUUGGUUAGCAUCCCGGACCACUGCAGAACCUCCAUGUUUUGGGACAGGAAAGACCCGUCUCUUCUGGACAUAAAACCAUGCUGGUACUGGGACAAGAAGGACCUGGCGCAUACCCCGUCCCAGUCCGAGGGUUUGGACCCGGCCACCGAGGCCCGGUACCGCAGAGAGGGGGCCCGCUUCAUAUUUGAUGUAGGAACAAGACUCGGGCUACAUUAUGAAACACUGGCCACCGGGAUUGUAUAUUUCCACAGAUUUUACAUGUUCCACUCUUUUAAGCAGUUCCCCAGAUAUGUGACUGGGGCCUGCUGCCUUUUCUUGGCCGGAAAAGUGGAAGAAACACCCAAAAAGUGCAAAGACAUCAUCAAGACUGCACGAAGCCUCCUCAAUGACAUCCAGUUUGCUCAGUUUGGAGAUGACCCAAAGGAGGAAGUGAUGGUGCUGGAGAGAAUCUUACUACAGACCAUUAAAUUUGACCUGCAGGUGGAGCAUCCGUACCAGUUUCUGCUGCGCUACGCAAAACAGCUAAAAGGAGACAAAAACAAGGUUCAGAAGCUGGUGCAGAUGGCAUGGACUUUUGUGAAUGACAGUCUGUGUACGAUGGUGGCGCUGCAGUGGGAGCCUCAGAUCAUCGCUGUGGCCGUCAUGUACCUCGCCGGACGACUCUGUAAAUUUGACCUGCAGGAGUGGACUUCCAAACAAUCGUCGCGGCGAUGGUGGGAGCAGUUUGUGCACGAUGUUCCUGUGGAGGUUUUGGAAGACAUCUGCCACCAGAUUCUUGACCUGUAUUCUCAGGCUAAACAGCAGAUUCCAGAUGGGGCGAGCGGAGACAAUCCCAUCCCCUCCAUCUCCUCCCCCAUUGGUCCCCCUCCAGCAAAGAAGGCCUCCCCCCAGACCAGCCCCAGACCCCCCAAACCCGCUCAGCCAUCUCCUAAAGAAGAAAGCAAGCCAGCAAAGCUGUCAGCUGCGGAGCUCCUCCCUCCUCCUCCUCCGCCCCCUCCUCCACCUGCUCCUGCUGUCAAUCCAGAACACAAACCCUCGUACCCACCUGCCCCGGAGAUGCCCCCCAAACCCACCCCCCCUCCUCUGCCCCACUGCCCCCCUCCGCCUCCCCCUCCCCCCUACGUCCCCAGCACCAGCUCCCUCGUCUCCAGCGAAGGCUACCAGACCCUCCAGUCCAUGAUAAAGACCGAGGCCUCCUGCUACCCCUCCGUGCCCCCCGCGUGCGCCCCUCCCCUGGGCUACCACUUCCCCAGCGCUGGCUCCACCUCCUACCACGCCCCGCCCCUCUCCGCCUACAGCUACCUGCUCGCCCCUCCUCCCCCCUCCGUCCUGGGCCUGGCGUCGGGUUUGACCAGCGGGUACCCUCCUCCUCCGGUCACCACGGGACACAGCCAGCUGCCCCCUCCCCUGCCCCCCGGGAUGCCCCCUGUGAGCGGGAUGGGGCGUGGCACGUGGAUGAGAUAAAGCAUGGUGGUGUUUUAAAGUUGCACUACGUAACUUUUCUGAUGUAGAAAUCGCCAGUUGCUUGUCUCCAUUGAGAUUUGCCAUGGAUAUUCCACUGUAUGGUUUUUAAACAUAGACUGUAUAUAUAAAUGGACAUAACUAACCCACUAGCGCCACGUUCAAAAUAGGAAGUGAGCAUGGGUGCGCCUCAGGCUCCAUCUGCUCUGGUUCCAAUUGAUUUUACUCUGAAAAACUGUUGCCUCCCUCUUUUGGUCUUAAAACAUUCAUAAUAACCCGCGCUACAUGAUCCUGGUGCUUUUAUUUUGCUAUUUUCUCUGUAAAUAAACUCAUUUUCCUAAUAUGGAACUUGGCUCCAAAUUCUCCCUACAACUGCAAGCCUCAGUGAGCUUCAUUUGACUAGAGCCGAACGCUAUGGGUGACGUGACACUCCCUUAGCCCACUUCUUUAUACAGUCUAUGCUUUAAAACAAUCCAUCUUGCAUUUAUUCGUUUAAUUUAUUAUAUGUUUAUUGUCAAAAACAAAUAGCUCAUUUUAAUGCCAUACUGUGGAACAUUCCAGGCAAAGCUAUAACGCCAUGGAGAUAAGUUAGUAAUGUUCCCUCCAGUGUUCCAUGGUAUAACAUUAAAAUGAUCAAAAAAAUGCCUGGAAAACUUGCAUUCGUGGUCGCCUCUCCAAAGAUCUGAGCUGUAACUUGGCCCGAUGGGGGCACUUGCUUGUCUUUAUUGUAAUUUUAAUGCCAUACUGUGGAACAUUCCAGAUGAAGCAAUAACAUCACUGUGGCUAGUAAUGUUCCCUCCACCAGAAAAGUUACACAGUGAAUAAAUGAAAAAAAAAAAAGCUGGUUAAGAGGAGCUGGUUCAGUAUUAAAUGAAACCUGGUCUUCCUAGCACUACACACAUUUUAAACCACAAUAUUUAAGUGUUAUUUUUACUUAAUAUUUCAGUAUUCUUUUUGAUGUAUCGAAGUCUGUAUAGUUUUUUACGUUGGUAAACACCAGCUUUAUGUGUCCAAGUCUUAAGUCAGUUAUGUUUACAUUUGCUCUGCUCAGUAUUAUUUUCAGUA